GACGAUGCCCAAAGAACAAGCGGUAGACGUGGACACUGGAAAUGGCGAUACUCAACAACAUCUACUUUCGCGUAGUGCCACAUCGCAGGACUCGCAGAAGAAGGGUGCAGGAGAUACUGGACAAGAGCUUCGAGAUGAAACAGCAGUUCCAGCACACGACGAUAUUAUGGGUACUACUUCUACGCUCGAUAUGAACGACGUUGUUGGAGAGGAUGCACGACGAGAUCUCCGACAGGACGUUUAGUUCGAGAUCUCGUCGUGCAGAUGAGUCUAAAUCUAUCUGAUUUGCCUUUGCAGUCCUCCCUCGGCGGAGUACCAAGAUCACUACUAACCAUUAGGACUAGCCAUAGACCACACACUACCGAGAAGAUAAGCAAACAACCCUAACCAUCAGGACCCGUGUACCCAUAGACCACAUACUACCAUGAAGGUAAGUACACAACACAAGUACUCAUACAUUAUACCAAGAUUUAAGUGUUUACAACGAACACAAGAAGUGCCAAGAUUGAUAGGCACUCAUGUAGAUUGUGGACUUUUUAGGUAAAAGCCCGUCUAAUAUGUACUGCAACUCUAACCGGGGGAUGAUGACUACGACCGAGCCUAGUUUUCCUUGUGGGACUUCAAUGCGAGC